CCUCCACCACUUGUAGCGGUAGAAAAGACAGGCGGCGUGAUGGACCGAACACCACGUCCGGUCAACAGCAAGCUCACAAAGUCGUCGCCUGCGCGCCAAACUGCAAGUCCUGCGUAGACGAAGUCCGAACCGGACGCGUCGAAGAUUAGUGCUGAAGAGGAGGAAGAGGAAGAAACGUUCUCGGCUCCUCUGCUUCCUUUUCCAACCCAACCGUUUGAUGACCAGACGGGGCCUCCGACCAACCGCCGCAGGAGCAGCACCAUGACACGCCUGAGCCGGACGGCGCUCGUCCGCUUCGAUUUCCGGUGGGCCCGCGUCCUUGGCAUCGCCUUCCUCCGCCGCUUCUUCCGCGCCGUCUGGAGUCACCUGCUGUCUUGCUCGUCGCUCGGCGGGCGCGGCCGGUACCGCCGGCUCAAGGCGGGCUUAUCGUCCUCCGUCCACCUCGUGGUGGUGGGGGAGGAGAAGCCGGUCACUGCAGCCGCCGCCGCUGUGGGGUGUGCGGUGCCGUGCGCGGACGUGGAGGCGGAUUCCGACUUGGUGACCUUGAAGAUUAGCCUCCUUGGCGACCGCCAUAUAGGGAAAACAAGCUUCAUGAUCAAGUAUGUGGGGGAUGUGGAGGAGCAGAGGGGGCUGCAGAUGACAGGAUUGAAUCUGAUGGACAAAGUUUUGGUUGUUCGUGGAGCGAGGAUUGCGUUUAGCAUGUGGGACGUGGGAGGUGAUGACCAAUUUCUGGAUCACGUCCCCAUUGCCUGCAAAGAUGCUGUGGCGAUUCUUGUUAUGUUUGAUCUUACCAAUCGUUCUACCCUAAACAAUGCCAUUGACUGGUAUCAAAGAGCAAGAAAAUGGAACAAGACAGCAAUUCCUAUCUUGAUAGGGACGAAAUUUGAUGACUUUGCUCAGCUUCCUCUUGAAAUGCAAUGGACAAUCGUGAAUCAGAAUACUCAUGUCAAACUUAAAAGAGGAGGGACGAUGGCAUCAUUUGGUUGUCAUGCAACCUUGUUGGAGAUAUUUCAUGUGCCACCUAAAACAAGAUAACGACUGAAGCUAAAAAGAUGAAACACAAGAACCAACUUUUUUCCAAAGUGUUUCAGACAUCCAUAUAAAGAGAAAAGAGAGCUUACAUGGAGUUCCUUCUGAUGGAGUCCUUUUCUCUCUGUUUGGAUUGUGAUGCUUCCACAUGACCAGGUCAUAAAGUGAACUUUGUGAUUCAGAAUGGACCAUUCCUUUUCUUGUGGAUGAAAUGAUCACAUUCGCCUGUGACAAUCUUGAACUAGAUUACUUUUCAUCAAAAAUGACAUCCAAUCCAAAUGGAAUGGACACAGAAGAAGAAUAAUCUUAUGAAAUGUUCCAUUCGGGAAAUCUGAAACUCAUGCUGUUCUGAUAGAAUGAGUAGACUUGACUAUCAGUCUGAUCCUUGUUCAGAUUUUUGUUUAUUGUUGGAUGAUUAAUUGUAUAUUUUGAUGCUGGAAUGAACCAAGUAAAAUUCUUUUCUU